AUGACGAUGCUCAUGGCCGAGUGUCGGACUGGCGCGAGGCGACUGGCCCUCAACCAGACAAUAAUCAAUCCACCGGCCGAAAAACCAAUUCGUACCGCCCGGACGAACCCACCGGAAGGACAGGGGGAGGAGCCAGCCAGCGCCGGUUCCAGCAGACGAUCGGCUGUGGUUCGGCCAUUCACGCACGCGGUCGGUCAUGUGCAGUCGAUCUUCUCCGGCGUCGCCACAUCCUACAUCCGGGUCAACCAUCAAGGAAAGACCGAACAACAAGGGAGUCCUGCAGGAAACAUGGGACGCGUUCUAGACACGAACACCGCCCCAAAAGAUGACAUGGCUCACUUUGUCAAGUCGUCCGCCGGCACGUUCGCCCACGAGCCGGGGGCCAGCGUUUAG